AUGGUUAUAUGCACCCCGCACGGCCAGCAGGAGCUGGAUAAUGAACGCAGGGGAUCAGCGAAAUCGUCAGAGACGCAAGUUUGGAUCCAGAUCGGGACUGUGGCAGAGGCAGGUGGUCACGGCCGGGCUAAGGACGCGAUGGGACUUAUGACUCUAUUCCCUGAAGCCGCGGAUGGGUUUGCGGGAUAUGGUAAUUCGCUCAUUGCUGCUGGUGGGAUUGCGGAUGGCCGGGUUGUUGCUGCUGCUUUCUGUCUGGGUGCUUCUGGGGUUGUCAUGGGGACACGGUUUCUGGCGUCGACUGAGGCGCGCAUAAGUAAAGGUUAUCGGGAUGCUGUGGUGCAGGCUACGGAGGCUGUUAUUAGUACUACGCGCACGUUACUGUAUAAUCACCUCCAUGGGACGUAUGGAUGGCCUGAGCCGUUUAGCCCGCGGAUAGUGACGAACCGCCACUGGGAGAACUAUGUUGCCGGUAUUCCGUUUGAUGAGUUGAGGAGAUUACAUGGCGAGGCCCAAGCUAAGGUGAUGCUGGAUGGGGACCUGAGGGGAGAUUGGCUACUUAUGCAGGAGCAGGAGUUGGAUUGGUUGGUGAGGUUCUGGAUGCCGGUGAGGUUGUGGAAAAAGUUCGGGACGACGCGGCACAGCGCGUGA